ACUAGGCGCUGGGCGAGAAACCGAGCCAGAUCAGGGGCUAUGAUGGGCGCACUCAGAUUAAACUUCUGCGCUGGAGAGGACGGCACACAGGCAGAACCUGAAACAAGAAGUUAAAGCGGAAAAGGCUAGGAUGAGAGACACUGCCCAGAGGAACAGGCUGAGAUAUGAAAUAUUGGAUGUGAAGAUGGAUCAACAAUGAGUCUAAGCGGGAAUGAAAACAGCUGCCGUGUAGUUUUUGUCAAGAAUAUGAUAGCAAUGCUGCAUGCAAACUGGGCUGGAAACAAACAAUGACUCUUAUUCAAAUCUGCCCAAUCGAUCUCACUGACGAUGGACCACGAUAACUCGUCCACUUUAGUUUCUCUUCCAGCUACAAUAACUAAUUCCUCGGAAAAUUCCUCGGCGAUGCUAAUCACCUGGAAUGAAAACAGUCAGUUAGGGCUGAGGAUUUCACUGUCUGUCGUUCUGGGUAUCAUCACCUUAGCGACCAUCCUUUCCAACUCAUUCGUGUUUGUCACCAUUUGCCUCACCAGGAAACUCCACACUCCAGCCAACUAUCUCAUCGGGUCUCUGGCUGUUACAGACCUCCUAGUGGCUAUCAUGGUGAUGCCCAUCAGUAUUGUCUACACUGUCAUCAAGACCUGGACUCUAGGGCAGAUCAUGUGUGAUAUCUGGCUAUCCUCUGACAUCACGUUUUGUACUGCAUCUAUCUUGCACUUGUGUGUCAUUGCUCUGGACAGGUACUGGGCCAUCACUGAUGCCUUGGAGUACACAAAGCGUCGCACACCGGGUAGAGCUGGCCUGAUGAUAGCUGUGGUAUGGGUCAUCUCAAUCUGCAUCUCCAUUCCCCCGUUAUUCUGGAGGCAGUCGAAAGCUCACAACGAACUCAAGGAGUGCGUAGUCAACACCGACCAGAUAUUCUACACUAUCUACUCCACUUUCGGAGCCUUUUACAUCCCCAGCGUGCUGCUAAUUAUACUGUACGGCAGAAUUUACAUGGCAGCUCGAUCGAGGAUUCAGAAACCGCCUUCAGCCUUCGGAAAGCGCUUUACUACAGUACAGCUCAUAAGCGGAUCAACCGGAUCUUCUCUCUGUUCUGUUGGCUUUAACAGCCAGGAGACUCUGCCUCAUUCCGGUGAAUCUCCCGUCUACCUGAACCACAUCAAAGUCAAAGUGUCAGAUAGCGUCCUGGAGAGAAAGAGGAUCUGUGCAGCCAGAGAGCGCAAGGCCACCAAAACCUUAGGGAUCAUCCUUGGUGCUUUUAUUUUCUGCUGGCUCCCUUUCUUUGUGGUGGCCUUGGUAAUGGGCAUCUGCAAAGACGCGUGCUGGUUUCAUCCUGUGCUAUCCGACCUCUUCACAUGGCUUGGCUAUUUGAAUUCACUCAUCAAUCCGGUCAUAUACACAGCUUUCAAUGAGGACUUCAAACAGGCUUUCCAAAAACUCAUGCGACUCAAACGAUGUUAACUGUAAGCAACUCUAUGGUAACAGUGCAUUUUCCUGUCAUUCUCACGUACGAUAAAAAGAGCGAGAGACCAAUUGAACCUUGUUUUUUAGGGACAUUAAUUUGUCUGCAUUUACCUUGCACAUUGUACGUUUUAGUACUGUGAUUUUUUUCCCCCCACAUAGCUCUGUACAAGGGGAUGUUAUAUUCACCAUACUUGAUGCAUCUAAGUGGCGUUGUUAAAUUAAGCUUUUUUGCAUAAGUGUGAAUAACUGAAGAAUAGAAUUGCAGUAAUGCUCACAUUCUAAAUUGCACUACAGGAACCUUUUAGAAUUUUAUUAUAUUUAAAUACAAGUCUUUUGUUUUAUCAUUAUUCACUCAAUGCAGAUAUUAAAUAUGCUCUCUGUUAAACAGUGCAAUAUUUAUGGUAAAAUAUCUUCACUAAACUACGUUAUACUAUGACAUACUGGCAUGUCUACUUGUAUUGCAAAUGUGGACAUGUAUGAUAUUGGAAAAUACAGCACAAGACAUUUCAAAACAUAUCAAUGAGAACUAUGAAGAUUUCACCUAGAACUUGCAGCAGGAUAAAAUUGUUCAGA